CUGUCACGAAAUUCCGCUUUUGGAUGUCCGAUUGAUCGGCACCAUAUGUGUAAUAUACAGUAGUUGCAGCAAGACUUUAUAUUCAUUAUGCCUCAGUCUCUCAGAUUACUCAUGGAGGAUUCUGAUAACUCCAAUGAUGAUUCCUUUCAACAUGAUAAUGGCUUUGAAGAUGAAGAAGCACAAAAUUUCGAUGGAGAAUUUACUGAUAGUGUUGUUUCCAACACCGACGGCAUCCUGGCUCCAACACGAGAUUCCACCGGCCGAUUCGUCUCAGCACCACCCUCAAGCGCAGAAGUUGAUCCCACGGAGGAGCCAGUCUUCGGAAGAUUCAGCAGUGAUCAGGAUUUAGGCGAUUGGUCGCCUCUAGACUCGCCCGUAAAAAUUUACUCUGAGCGCCAAUCCCGCUCGCCAAGUCCUACGAAGUCGAAACAACCCAAAACAUUGACCCCGAAAGUCAACCGACGACCCAUGGCCACUCAGCAACCACUUACCAGAUUCUCUGGUGACCCAGAUGAUCCCAUACAACCAGCCACAUUCCUACAGGACUUCGAGGUCAGAAUGACCGAGUUAAUGACCCCACGAGCGGAUUUAGCUAGCCGAAUCAAACCCUACCUCGAACGCGACUCCAGAGCUUGGGAGUGGUAUACAGAGGACCUCACGGCCACGGACCGUACUGGCGCUUGGGAGCCUUUCGAGGCCAAGUUCCAUGCACGGUUCCCGUCGCAGAAAAAGGAAAAGAAGUCAGCGAAAUCAUACCUCACCAGUUUGGAAGGAGAGAGGAUUACACAUGAGCUGAUCAUGACAACAAGUGAAGACACCAAUCAGCCAUACCACCAAUGGUGGGCCGACCGUUUGCUCCGCCUCGCGAAGGGUGCAGAAGUGGAAGCAACGAAACAGUCCAUAGGCACUGUUUGGAAGCACCUUCCCUACGCGCUGAAGAAGGCCAUUGACGAGGAACACGACAAUUGGGCUGAGUUCACCUCGGCGAUUAAAGCGGUAAAAUGGAGUGUCCUGAAGGUCGAAGCAGAGCACGAGGCCAGCAAAGUGGUUCCGAGGGCGGUUCCGGAGACCCCAAGAACUAAGCUCACCAGUAGCUUUGCGACAGCGCGCAUCAGCACCCCGCCAUCUCCUUCACCGGUUCGGAUGAAACCCACUUUUGUCAACCAGGCAGUGAACCGAAAGCCCCGUUGAAUCUUCACCACUCUGGACGAAGGGAAGAAAGGUGUACUGCGUCGUGGCAUCGCGGCGAAGACCCAGCACCCGGACACGCCUGAAGGGUUAUCGGCAUGGAAGGCAGAGUUGCUGGAGUGGGCCUCCAGGUACGGAGUGGAUGGGGCCCUGUCGGAAACCACCAUCGUACCAUUGAAGCCGGGGACGGAGGAGGUUUGCUCCGGGGAAUGCUUCCGAUGCGGAGGACCUAGGCAUGGGUUCGAGAUUCCCUGCCCCAGGCCAGGUACCAUACCAGCUGUGGAAUCUGAUUGGAGAGCGUAUUGCCAAUGAGAGCUUGGAGGAAGAACACCAAGAGUGAAUGCGGUGCAGAUUUU